AUAAAAAUGGGACCUAUCUGCCCCUGAAUUCUUCCAGUACAAGUGGACUAUCAGUUGGAGUCAUAGCUGGAAUAUCUAUAGCAGGAGUAGCGGGGGCACUAGUACUGGCAGUUGGCGUGUAUGUUGGGUUUUACAGGAAGACGAAAGUGAAGGACAAAUUGCUUUCGUCAAGAUCUGAUGAUCAAUCUCUUCAAGUUUCAAGGGAUCCUGGAAGUGCUUUGGAGAAAGGUAAAGAUUCCACUGGCAUUGGUUCUUCUCCAGGCCUCCAUACAGGUUUAACUGUGGACAAAUCUGUGGAGUUCUCUUAUGAAGAGCUUGCAAAUGCAACUAAUGACUUCAGUAUUGCUUAUAAGAUUGGUGAAGGUGGCUUUGGAGCUGUUUAUUAUGCUGAGCUGCGAGGCGAGAAAGCUGCAAUCAAGAAGAUGGAUAUGCAAGCUUCGAAGGAAUUCCUUGCUGAAUUGAAGGUUUUAACACAUGUUCAUCAUCUGAACCUGGUGCGUUUGAUUGGGUAUUGCGUAGAGGGCUCUCUUUUUCUAGUCUAUGAAUUUAUCGAGAAUGGCAAUUUAAGUGAACAUUUACGUGGAGGGAGGGACCCCCUGCCAUGGCCUACAAGGGUGCAAAUUGCCCUUGAUUCAGCGAGAGGACUUGAAUAUAUUCAUGAGCAUACUGUUCCUGUCUAUAUCCAUCGUGAUAUCAAAUCAGCAAAUAUACUGAUAGACAAAAACUAUCGCGGCAAGGUUGCAGAUUUUGGUUUAACAAAGCUGACUGAAGUAGGGAGUACUUCGCUGCCCACACGUCUUGUGGGUACAUUUGGAUACAUGCCACCAGAAUAUGCUCAAUAUGGUGAUGUUUCUCCUAAAAUAGAUGUAUAUGCUUUUGGAGUCGUCCUCUAUGAACUUAUUUCAGCCAAGGAAGCCAUAGUCAAGGCAAGUGAAUCUAUGCCUGAAUCAAGGGGCCUCGUUGGUUUGUUUGAUGAAGUUCUUACUCAGCCUGAUCCGGGAGUUGACCUUCCCAAGCUAGUUGACCCUAGGCUUGGAGAUAACUACCCCCUUGAUUCAGUUCGCAAGAUGGCUCAGCUUGCUAAAGCUUGCACGCAAGAGAAUCCUCAACUCCGGCCCAGCAUGAGGUCUAUUGUGGUGGCGCUAAUGACUCUUUCGUCCACGACAGAAGAUUGGGAUAUUGGGGCAUUCUAUGAAAACCAAACUCUAGUGAAUCUAAUGUCUGGGAGGUAGAGGAAGUGCCCGGUUGUGCUCAUAGAGUUGUUAACCAAAUCAAACCAAACCAAACUAAAUCAAACCUUAAGUCGCAUCAAAUGGGAUCGGUUACAUAAAUUUUUUUUUCCAGUUGAUUUUAUUGAAGGUCAUAUCGUUAGUCAAAUUAAAAAGAUUUAUAUUUUUAUUUACUAUACUAAUUCAUGUCAAUUUAGGUCUGCCAUUUUUCCUAACUCUUUCGUCUACUGUGAAUGAUAGUUUGAAGAUUUUAGAGGUGCACAAAUAAUUUGUAAACGUGUGAUUUUUGUUUGUAUGUAUUAUAUUCAUUGGUACAUGAGAGGGCAUGUAAGGAACGGAGAAGAUAAACCUUAAUUUGUUGUAAUGUUAAAAUUCUAAAGUAUGUUAU